ACGUCAAAAUGAGGCUUCGUCUCAUCUGCGUUCUUCUCCUUGUAAUCUUGAUUAUCGCGGCGGAGGUAGAAGGGAAAAAGAGAAAAGGGAAAAGUAAAAAGGGAGGUAGCAAAGGGAAGGGGGUUAUUAGAGGGGUACUGAAAGGCCGAGUAAGCAAGGUCAGUGCAGUUAAACCCAUUAUCAAAGCACCAAAACCGAAAGAUGACAAGAAAAAAGCUAAAACACUCAAGAAAGCAUCACCUUUAAUAAGAAAGAAGGAAAAAAUAAAAACAAGUCCUCGAAAACCUAUUGCAAAAGCACCAAAACGUAUAGAUACUAAGAGAAAGGUAAAAGAAAUCAAGAAAGUAUUGCCUAUAAUACGGAAAAAAGAAACCAAAAAAAGCCCGCGAAAACCAGAUCCAAAAUUAUUGAAAAUUGUAAAAAGUGCCGUGAAAAGGGACAGGAAAAGCAAAGAAAAAGGCAGUAAAAGUAAAGAAAAAGGAAGUAAAAGUAAAGAACGGCGCGUAAAAAGUAAAGAAAAUGGCGGAAAAGGUAAAAAGAGAGGCGGGAAAAGUUUAGAAAAAGGAAGUAAAAGUAAAGAACGCGGUGUAAAAAGUAAAGAAAAGGGCGGAAAAGGUAAAAAGAGAGGCGGGAAAAGUUUAGAAAAAGGAAGUAAAAGUAAAGAACGCGGUGUAAAAAGUAAAGAAAAGGGCGGAAAAGGUAAAAAGAGAGGCGGGAAAAGUUUAGAAAAAGGAAGUAAAAGUAAAGAACGUGGUUUAAAAAGUAAAGAAAAGGGCGGAAAAGGUAAAAAGAGAGGUGGGAAAAGUUUAGGAAAGGGAAGUAAAAGUAAGGAACGUGGUGGUAAAAGUAAACAAAAAGGAGGAAAAGGUAAAGGACGUGGCGGAAAAAGUAAAGAGCGGGGAGGGAAAAGUAGACAAAAAGGACGGAAAAGCAGGGGAAAAGGUGGGAAAAGUAAAGGUCGUGGUGGAAAAAGCAAGAAAAGUGGCGGUAAAAGCAAGGGGAGUGGAGGAAAAAGCAAGAAAAGUGGCGGUAAAAGCAAAGGAAGUGGUGGAAAAAGUAAAGGAAGUGGCGGGAAGAGUGAUAUUAGCGAUGAAAUAGAUCCAAAAAAUCCUGGUUCUACAAAAGUAACACUUUGUGGAAAUAAAAAAAGGACGAUUUCGUGUCCAGCUGGAUCGAAUAUACGGGUAUUCACCGCCUUUUAUGGCAGAUCUAAUCGCAAGACAUGUCGAGGUAUUGUUCGGACCCUGCGCUGCUCGGCAAAAAAUGCUCUCGCAAAAAUCAGGGGGCAGUGCGACGGCCGACGAUCCUGUAGUGUGUACGCAUCACAUACCGUGUUUGGGGAUCCUUGCCGAGGGACAUCUAAAUACUUGGAAUUGACGUACGCUUGUCAGGCCGUUUUAGAGGAACCUCCAAAAACGAAAGAUACCUACAUUGGUUGCUAUGAAGACAAAGGUGCUCGUCUGUUGGAUCAGAAGUUUACCCGGAUGCCGCGACUAACCAUAUCUGCUUGUAAAGAACACUGCCGGAAGCAGAAAAAGAAGUACGCAGGAGUGGAGCACCGCAACGAAUGUUUUUGUGGUAACAAAAUGAGGAAAUACCGGAAGAGGCCUGAGAGGGAGUGUUCUUACCCAUGCAGUGGUAACUCUAAAGAGAAAUGUGGCGCCUCCUGGCGAAUCAACGUGUACCAAUUGGAUACUAGUACACCAUCGUGUGGAAAAUGCGCCAGAAAUGCACGAUGUGUCCGGGGAAAAUGUAAAUGUAAACGUGGUUACCAUGGUGACGGCGUCAAUUCCUGCCAAAAGUCGUGUUUCUGUAUGGCGUCCGGAGAUCCCCACUACAAGACGUAUGACGGAGAGAUUAUCCACUUUAUGGGAACGUGCAAAUACACGCUGACGAAAUCAAUGACAGUGAGGGAUCCAUGUGGAUUCCACAUCACGGUGAAAAACGAGCAUCGCCGCGGGAAAAGCCACGUGUCCUACACUCGUCAGGUGGACAUCGACACCCUCGGAAAACGAGUCAGUCUGCGGCUUAACGGGGUCGUGAUGAUUGACGGAGAAAAGAAAUAUUUACCUGUCAAGGAGCUUGGCGGGAAACUGAAGGUGUUCCGAAGCGGGCGUUUUGUCCAGGUGGCGACAUCUUGUGGAGUGAAGGUUAACUUUGACGGGGUACACGCAGUGUCGGUGACUGUUCCCGGUUCAUACCGCGGGAAACUUACCGGUCUGUGUGGGAACUGUAACGGUAAACGUGACGACAUGAGAACCAGAACAGGACGUGACGUCAGCAGAGAGAAACUAAAGUACUCACUAAUCGGCAAUAGUUAUGAAGUGGCUGACGAUUCGGAAGUUUCAGGAAAGAAGUGCAAGACUUUGGAAGACCCAAACACAUUUACAUGUAGCAAGAGAAUGAACUCUAUAGUUGCGACCGAUAGAUAUUGCGGUCUGAUAAAGAGUAAAUCCGGACCAUUCGCUGAAUGUAUCACCAAGUUCCCGGAAAUUUCCAAAGAGUUUUUCGAGUCCUGUCGCAUAGACGUCUGCUCACAAGAGGGCGCUAAUCUAGACCUGACCAAGUGUGAAGCUGUGGAAGCCUUCGCUGAGGAGUGUGCUGAUAAUGGCGUCACAGUCACGUGGAGGAGCAGACGAUUUUGUCCGCUCAGUUGUAAAGACCGGAACUCUGUAUACAAAGCCAGUGGGCCAGGCUGUCCGGCCACGUGUUUGGACCCGAAAGCCGAGGACACGUGUACUCUGGAACCCCAGGAAGGAUGUUUCUGCAAGGCUGGAUACCUAUUGAGUGACGGCGCAUGCGUCCCAAAAACACAGUGUGGAUGUCAAACUAAAAACGGAGACUACUAUCCGGUUGGCACAAAAUUACGAAGUACAGAUUGCGGGUCGGACUUUGUGUGCAGAAACAGGAGAGGUAAAUCGAGUUUCGUUAAGCUUUCCACUGGGCGUAAGUGUCACAAACAGGCCAAAUGUCGGCUGGAUAAGGAGGGAGAAAGGACGUGCAUCUGUAACAAAGGAUUCACGGGGGAUGGAGUCCGCACUUGUAAACCCAUAGUUGUAGAAGAACCGGGAUGUGGCGGAAGACAAUGUGCUAAAAAUGCUGUGUGCAGGAAAGGAAAGUGUGUGUGUAAACGUGGUUUCCAUGGUGACGGAUACAACUCUUGUACAAAGUCAUGUUUCUGUAUGGCAAACGGAGAUCCCCACUAUAAGACGUAUGACGGCGAGAUCAUCCACUUUAUGGGAACGUGCAAAUACACGCUGACGAAAUCAACGACGUCCAACGACCCCUGUGGAUUCCACGUGAUCGUGAAGAACGAACAUAGAAACAAGAAUACACGUGUGUCAUAUACGCGCCGUGUAACGCUAAAGAUUCUAGGGAAGACCAUUGGACUAAGAAAGAACGGCAUAGUUUUUGUUGAUGGAGAAAAGAAGUUUUUGCCUGUUAAUGAGCUUGGCGGGAAACUGAAGGUGUUCCGAAGCGGGCGUUUUGUCCAGGUGGCGACAUCUUGUGGAGUGAAGGUUAACUUUGACGGGGUACACGCAGUGUCGGUGACUGUUCCCGGUUCAUACCGCGGGAAACUUACUGGUCUGUGUGGGGACUGUAACGGUAAACGUGACGACAUGAGAACCAGUACAGGACGUGACGUCAGCAGAGAGAAACUGAAGUACUCACUAAUCGGCAAUAGUUAUGAAGUGGCAGGUGGCAAAGACGCUAAGGGAGAAAAGUGCAAGACUUUGGAAGACCCAGACACAUUCACUUGUAGCAAGAGAAAGAACGCUAUGCUUGCGACAGACAAGUAUUGCGGUCUUAUAAAAAGUAAAUCCGGACCAUUCGCUGAAUGUAUCGCCAAGUUCCCGGAAAUUUCCAAAGAGUUUUUCGAGUCGUGCCGGAUUGACGUCUGCUCACAAGAGGGCGCCAAUCUAGACGUUGCCAAGUGUGAAGCUGUGGAGGCGUUUGCUGAGGAGUGUGCUGACAAUGGCGUCACAGUCACGUGGAGAAGCAGACGAUUUUGUCCGCUUGCGUGUACCGACCGUAACUCUGUGUACAAAGCCAGUGGACCGGGCUGUCCGGCCACGUGUUUGGACCCGAAAGCCGAGGACACGUGUACUCUGGAACCCCAGGAAGGAUGUUUCUGUAAGGCUGGAUACCUAUUGAGUGACGGCGCAUGCGUCCCAAAAACACAGUGUGGAUGUCAAACUAAAAACGGAGACUACUAUCCGGUUGGCGCUAAAUUACAAAGCACUGAUUGCGGAUCGGCCUCUGUGUGUAGAAACAGGGGAGGUAAAUCCAGUUUUGUUAAGCUGUCUACUGGACGCAAGUGUCAUAAACAGGCCGAGUGUCGGCUGGACGAUAACGGAGAAAGGACGUGCAUCUGUAACAAAGGAUUCACGGGGGAUGGAGUCCGCACGUGUAAACCCAUAGUAGUAGAAGAGCCAGGGUGCGGCGGAAGACAAUGUGCUAAAAACGCCGUGUGUAGGAAAGGAAAGUGUGUGUGUAAACGUGGUUUCCAUGGUGACGGAUACAACUCUUGUACAAAGUCAUGUUUCUGUAUGGCAAACGGAGAUCCCCACUAUAAGACGUAUGACGGCGAGAUCAUCCACUUUAUGGGAACGUGCAAAUACACGCUGACGAAAUCAACGACGUCCAACGACCCCUGUGGAUUCCACGUGAUCGUGAAGAACGAGCAUAGAAACAAAAAUACACGUGUGGCAUACACGCGCAGAGUCACGCUAAAGAUUCUAGGGAAGAGUAUAGGGUUACGAAAGAAAGGCGUUGUUGUGAUUGACGGAGAAAAGAAGUUUUUACCUGUUAAUGAGCUUGGCGGGAAACUGAAGGUGUUCCGAAGCGGACGUUUUGUUCAGGUGGCGACAUCUUGCGGAGUGAAGGUUAACUUUGACGGGGUACACGCAGUGUCGGUGACUGUUCCCGGUUCAUACCGCGGGAAACUUACCGGUCUGUGUGGGGACUGUAACGGUAAACGUGACGACAUGAGAACCAGUACAGGACGUGACGUCAGCAGAGAGAAACUGAAGUACUCACUAAUCGGCAAUAGUUAUGAAGUGGCAGGUGGCAAAGAUGCUGAGGGAGAAAAAUGUAAAACGGAAGAUGAUACGCCUUACGUUUAUACGUGUGACGCCAAAAUGAGUAACCUUCUUGCAACAGACAAAUACUGCGGAUGGAUACAAAAUAAGAAAGGACCAUUUGCAGAGUGCAUCGCUAAGUUCCCGAAAAUUUCUGAGGAAUUCUUUGAGUCUUGCCGGAUUGACGUCUGCUCACUAGAGGGCGCCAAUCUAGACGUUGCCAAGUGUGAAGCUGUGGAGGCGUUUGCUGAGGAGUGUGCUGAUAAUGGCGUCACAGUCACGUGGAGAAGCACAGAUUUUUGCCCCUUGAAAUGCGACGACAAAAACACCGAGUACCGGGCGAGUGGUCCGGGUUGCCCAGCAACGUGUCUGGACCCGAAUGCUGAGGACACAUGUACUUUGGAGCCAACAGAGGGAUGCUUCUGUAAGGACGGAUUCGUAAUGAGUGACGGAGCAUGCGUACCACAAGCCCAAUGCGGAUGCAGAAACAAGAAAGGGGACUACUUUCCGAUUGGUAGUAAGAUACAAGCUCCAAACUGUGCUCAGACGUUCGAGUGUAAGCAAGUUCGCGGGAAAGCUGCUCUGGUCAAAACGGCGUCUGGUCGCCGCUGUCACCGUAACGCCGACUGCCAGCUAGACGACAACGGCGAUAGGAAAUGUGUCUGCAAGGAGGGCUUCUUUGGGGACGGGUACAGAUCAUGUCAGCCUCUGUGUGGUGGCAAGUACCGAUGCCACAAGAAGGCGACUUGUAAGAGAGGGAAGUGUCAGUGUAAGCGGGGGUUGUACGGAGACGGCGAGAACAGCUGUCAGAAGAUGUGCACCUGCAGCGCCACUGGUGAUCCGCAUUACAGAACGUAUGACGGUCAGAUGAUUCACUUCAUGGGGGUCUGUAAAUACUUGAUGACCAGGUCCCUCACUAAAAACGACCCGUGUGCGUUCAGUGUGGAGGUUAAGAACGAACACAGAGGAAGGAAUCGACGCGUCGCCUACACCCGGUCCGUUGAUGUCAAGAUAUACGGCAAAGUAGUGCGACUAGCUCCCGGACACAAAGUCUUUAUUGAUGGAGUCAAGAAGUUCCUUCCUGUGUCAGAAAACAAUGGCGACCUGAAGGUAGUGAUGAGUGGACGAUUUGUCCAGGUCGUCACGAAGUGUAACAUCUACGUCAACUGGGACGGCAAGUCGGUGGUCCACGUAGGAGUACCAAGGUCCUACAGCAAAAAGAUGGAGGGUCUUUGUGGAAACUGCGACGGGAGAAAGAAUGAUUACAAGACGAAAGAGGGCGUGAAUGUCUACUGGAAAAAGAACAAAUAUGUCCUGAUUGGAAAAAGCUAUGAAAUUCCUGAUGAUUCGGAUAAACCUACUACUGUCUGCAAAACCUUCGAAGAUGAUGUCCAGUGCUCAAAGGAGAUGAAAGAAGUAGCCACAGGCAAAAGUCACUGCGGAUACCUCAACCCCAAAACCAGAAGAAGUUCUCCAUUUAAUAUAUGUCUGGCUUACAAACCAACAUUAGCUAAACAGAUGUUUGAAUCUUGUAUCUUCGACGUCUGCUCAUAUUUUGAUGACGUCAAGAAAAGAACGGAAGCUGCGUGUCGUGCAGCUGAGGGCCUUGAGACUAUAUGUGAGGCCAGUGGAUUCGAUAUCCAGUGGAGGUCGUCUGCUUUCUGUCCGAUAAAAUGUGGAGGUAACCAGCGAUACAGUUUCGCAAUUAGUGGCUGCCCUGCCACCUGUACCACUCCGAACGCCCCUGCUAGUUGUAACCUUCCCAACACCGAGGGCUGCGAGUGUCUGCCCGGCUUCGUCCUAAGUGGUACUAAGUGUGUGCGGGAGACCGAGUGUGGAUGCCAAGCCGCCAACGGGGACUACAUACCAUUGAAUAAAGUCAUUGUGUCAGACGACUGCACCUCCACCAGAAAGUGUGUUCGAAGAGAUGGCGAGUCAGUUUUCGAGGAUCUCGGUGUGAACGAGCGGUGCCACCCCUCCGGUAUGUGUGGACUGAAAGACGGCGUCCGUCAGUGUGUGUGUAAGGAUGGAUACAUCGGGGACGGUGUCAAUGAGUGCAAAAAACUGUGUGGUGGGAAAUAUCUUUGUCACAAGAACGCAAGAUGUGACAAUGGUAUCUGCCAGUGCAACAGAGGUUUGUUUGGUGAUGGAGUGACCACGUGCCAAGAGUCUUGUACGUGCAUGGCAAGCGGUGAUCCACAUUACCGUACCUUUGACGGCCAGAUGAUCCACUUUAUGGGAGAAUGCAAAUACACUCUGUCCAAGCUUGAUUCCACGGACGAGUGUGCAUUCAAUGUGGAGGUCAAAAACGUCAAACGGCACGAAAACUCCAAAGUUUCCUUUACACGACUAGUGGAUGUUAAAGUACCCGGAUAUAAUAUACGUCUGCUUCAGAAGAAGCGACUGACGAUUAACGGAGUAGAGAUGUUUACGCCAUGGGCGUCAUCUAACGGUAUGUAUAAGGCGAUGACCAAGGGGCGUUACCUGACAGUGACGUCACCGUGUGGAGUCGUCGUGAGCUUUGACGGUGUACACGCCGUGUCCCUUUCCGUUCCUAAGCAAUAUGGCGACCGUCUGACGGGAUUGUGUGGUAACUGUAACGAUAAGAAAGACGACCUGAGGACCAAGGCGGGCGAUGACGUGUCCAGCAGACGAAACAAGUACUCUCUGAUCGGAGACAGCUUCAAAGUGUUCGACGAUGUGGCCAAUCCUGGUGAAAAAUGUGAAACUAAAGAUCCUGAUUUCAAAUGUUCAUCAUUGUGGUCCAAGAGAGCAACAUCUAGAGAGUUUUGUGGUGUUUUGCUGGACAAGAACGGACCGUUUGCUAGCUGUAUAAAGGCUAAUGAGGAAGAGGCACGUGAUCUUUACCAGUCUUGUGUGGAUGACGUCUGUUCCUAUGAGGACACGCCUGAAUUCGCCAUGAAGACCGCGUGUAUGGCUGGAGAGACCCUCGCAGAGCUGUGCCUCACAAAGGGACUGGGGAAGGUGGUGUGGAGAAGGAGUGACUUCUGUCCCAUGACCUGCCCUGAGAACUCUGCCUACAACCCGGCUAUAGUCGGCUGUCCGCGCACCUGCGCAGAUCCUGAAGGAAACAGCAAAUGUGAGGCCAUUCCACAGGAGGGCUGUGAGUGUAAGGAAGGGCACGUGCUCAGUGGCGGGAGGUGUGUGGUGGAGGACGACUGUGGAUGUUUCUACAACGACCAGUACUUCCCUCUUGAUUCCUUUGGUCCACUAACGAGCUGCGAUAUUAUACAAAAGUGUGUUCGAGAUGGCGGCACCAACAAAAUGGUGUUGUCGACACGUCACAUGACUUGUCAUAAGAAUGCUCGAUGUAAAAACGUGAUUGGGGACUAUAAGUGUCAGUGUAACCGAGGCUUUGAAGGGGACGGAGUUGCCAAAUGUAUUCGAACCGACGAACCAGUGGACGACUUCCCUUAUAUUCCUGAACCACCAUCAGGCACGCCAGGUGAGAAGUGCCAAGUUCAGACAACUUACAGCACGUGUGGCUCAACCAUCAAGUUGACCGGAAAUUGUGAGUACAACUCGGACGUAUUGGCAAAAUGCCAGUACACGAUAGUGACGGCGUCAUCUGAGGGCCAAACUCAGGCCGUUAUCAGCACGCGAGGCAGACGUACCAAGGUGCCACGUGGUAAGACAGUGGAAGAAUGCGUCACGGUGUCAAAUGAGGGAAGCUUCGUGUCUAUCAGUGAUGACGUGUGUCAAAGAUGUACGGCUGAUUACUUGAGGAGCCUCAUACCUAACCAAACUUGCAGCAAAGCUCCUUGAGCUUCAUGCGAGCAACUUUUUGCUAUGUAUAGACGAUUAUAUGAAAAUAAAUAUUGGAACAAAUGAA